GUUUAAGAGAGGUCCAUUUCUUUCUGACACAGUGAAAGUGCGAUUACCCCCGACAUUUGGCACUCGCUUUUACAUAUUUUUGAAUAAUUGCAAGGGCAUCUUACAACUAGACCUGUUUAUCUUCCUAUCAACUUUGAUUAAAUAAACUGUUGAGAGAGCGAUUUUGAUUCGCUCCGCCAGUUCGUCCUCAACUCGAGUGUCUGUGCGCAUCCACUGCUGCAAGUCAGUCUGUUAUGUGAUACUAUUUGCUUGUCAAACGUCCCAAUACAAUUUUGAAGGUCAUCUCUCCUGAUCUCUCCUCUGCUAGUACCUAGAGCAAGUUAGCGAUAUGCCGCUCUUGUGGCCUUGGUAUUGAGGUAUAGCUCAACCAUGAUGGAUGUUGUAGAUUUACGCAUCAAUCUUCUUCCGACAAGCAGUCGUGUCAUUUUCAAAAGAAAUCGAAUUGAUGCACCUGAAAAGGAGUGAAAGCCACUUUCUAAUGAAAACCAAGACCCCCAGUAAAUGGAUUCGGCAGUGAACGUUAGAAUGUCUGAACGAGUACAAGCCGGACAUAGCCCACCACUGCGAAGAAGACGAACAAGGGAUUACGUUCCCAAUAAUACUCAGGCCAGGAAGAGAGCGGACUCAGACUCCUUUGCCGCAAGCAUCGCUGCAUUUGACCCUAAAUAUCUGGAAGAAGCUUUGGGUUCGUUGGUAAUGGAUGAAAACAUGAAUAGUGUCACUUCAGCACCAGAUAGUCGUUCGUCUAGGUUGUCGUCGACGGCCGCUCAAAACACUGAGAAUUCACACCUUAGUGAGCGAUUCAAUAUCCUCAGAGCCGAAAAUAAAAUCCUACGGGAAAGACUGCAAAAUGCGCUCCAACGUGAAAUGAAAGCGCUGAAGACUUUUAAGAGGUUGGCGAAGGAGAAUAGACAGUUGAAGCUGAAUUUGCGGAAAUACGAAAGAACUCUUCUUGGUUUUUACGAGGACGGGUCAGAUUCCGAAUCAAACCCCGUCAAACAAGAUCCUGAAAUAAACGAAUAUUCCUCGAUCCUACACGUCCCAGACUUCACACACUCAUCUCGGUCAAACUCGGUCGAGACGGACUCGAGCGGGUAUUACCAUGGCAACCACAAAUCAAGGGACUCUUCGCGGUCGCAUUCACCGAGAAUUACAAAGAGCGCAUCCACUUCCAUGGAGGACCUGGUGACGAGAGGGCCGAUGAUGAUUGACAAGGCAACGUCAACGGACCAAUUAUGUCUCGGCAGCGUCAGCCAAGGCACCAGCAGGGAGGACGAGUUACCGGAGGAGUUCCCCGAGUCAGACAGCUUCCGAUGGCGCGCCGCGAGUGCCUCAUCGGAUAACGACUUCAACAACCUGACAGACGCGAUAAAAGCCAAGAUGCUGCACCGCCAGCUAUUGGAGCUUCAAACCCAGUCUCUCAGCGACCGGCGGAAGUACAGUGACGUCAGACGAUACUGGGUAGACCCCACUCAGGCACAAGCUGGGGACCCUGUGAUACACAGGACAUCCAGCUCGCCGAGCAUUCUGGAUGGCGUUCGUUUCCCGGCAGCGAGCACUGGGUACGAGACGUCAAACCAAUCAACUAGUGAUCCCAACCCACGGUCAUUCCAAGUUCCGGCCCUGUGGCGACGUGUGUCCGACGAAAACGAGGCAUUCCGACCGACAGACGACUACAAUCCGAGAGACUCGUUCCACGAAGACGAGUUCAACAUGGCCCCCGAAGCUUCACCGACAGCUGAGUUUGAUGAUAUUAACAGCCGAAGGAGUUCGGGCUCAGACUCGCCAGCAUCGCAAUCCCCGGACGAAGAAAACUCCUCAGAUCAGUCAAUCAUCCCCUCAUUCAGCAGUGAGAGUGAUCCGACCCAGCGUUCUCCGCGUUCUUCACCACCUCCCUUCACCAUAGAUGUAGUCAUAGACACGCCAAAUGAGUCUUCAUCCGAAUCCGACUCGGGUAACCGUAACACACAGCCUACCCGUCGACCCUUGCGACGACUCGGCACAACAGGUUAUGGGCCCAGACCGGGAGUAGGUCAUUCUGUAUCUCUGCCGGCAGCCUCUUUCAACCAUUAUCUGUCAGUCAUGAGGGGAACAGGAAGCGGCCGGUCAGACACCGAGGAGACUAUAGAAGAAGAGGAGGAAAACGAAGAGGGAGAGCCUUGCUUUCCGGUACACAGGAGAGGACGACGCGCUUCGCUAGACGAUGACGAGGUUUAUGUCAAGAAAAACCGCGAAAAGCGAAAAAAGAAGACUUCUGUGUCACUGCGUUUCGAGGGUGACGUGGCACGUGAGAGUGCGGAAACUCUAGCGGCGGAUAUCGCGGCUUUCUUGCAGUACCGGAAAGCCAACAACGCCGAGAAUGAGCAGUCGAGCGCCCCUGGGACCGAGACCGCCGCUCCACCUCAAGAAGAUGAUGACAUUAGCAUGGCGGAGUCCGCCGCAAUUGCCCGAGCUCGAUCUCUGAGCCGGCGACGUGGGUCAGCGGUCGUGUCGUUGUCAGGGGAACGCUCUUACCAAAUGGAUUUACACGUGCUCAACGUUCACCGGGAACACCUCCAAGAAAAAUCCGCGCUAUUGGACAAAAAGGACCUCUCCGGUUCUUCAACAUCGCUAAAUAGCAUCGUUGAUCCCGAGAAGCGCUCAAGAUGGUCUCUCCUUCGACGCAACAAGAAAAUGCUCUAUGGAAAGGAGAAAGGUCGAACGGUAGAAGAUUUUCGUGAAGUUUUGACUGGUUUACGGGACACCUCGCGACAUCUAGUUAUAGAGCACGAACUGGACGAAUACAAGGACAGUCACUGGACUCAAUUCAUGUCAUCCCCGCAAGGGAACCGUCGCCCGCUGUCAGAUGGCGCCAGCGGUCUUUCUGAUCAGGAGAAUAAACGUCGCGAAGCAUUAUGGGAGCUGUUUCACAGUGAGGUGGUGUACCUCAUGGAUCAUGUCUUGGUCCUAAGAGAAGUGUUUCUGGAGCCCUUGCGAAUCGUGCAACAGAUGGAGGAGUACCUUCAGAAUGUUGACCCCAACAUGAUCUUCUGUAAUGUAGAGGAAUUAUGCGAGGUUAGCGCAAAAUUCGCCAAAGAUCUACUACUCGUGUUCAAGGGCGAUCAAUCGAAUUCACAAUUCGGCAGUACCGCCGCUGUGGUGAAUGCCUUUACAGAGUUUGGCUGGCGUGUCCACCCUCAGUAUCAGGAGUACUGCCUUAACUACUCAAAAGUCUUGGGGUACCUCGACCAGUGCAAGAAAUCUGAAGAUUUCCAGGAAUUCGUCAAGUGGUGUGAGGCAGAUCCACGGUGUAAGCGUCUUCAGCUGACAGACCUCCUAGUCGCGCCGCUACAGCACCUCACCAAGUACCCCCUACUUCUCAAGAACAUCCGCAAACGAACAUCGGAGGGAGAUGACCAACACAGCUCGCUAUCCUCCGUCAUCAAGUCAGUGGAGCUGUCAAUCAAGGAGCUUGAAGGAAAGGUGAAAUCUCUAGCAAAUCUCGAGCGCUUGCAGGAGUUACAGAAAUGCCUGGUGUGGCCCUCCAUCGUGGAGCUCGAUCCUAAGACUUAUGUACCAGAGUUUCUUCGUGGAAUCCUUGCGAAGCAGCCUUGCGAAGGACUGCUGACCAGUGCGAACCGUCAACUUCUUCAUGAGGGUCAUCUGGUGUUACACGAAAGCACCAAGCAAGAUGUGUAUGCUUUCUUGUUUGACGACAUGUUACUUCUGACGCGGUACAGGAAACUUCAACCCAAGGCUGUCAAGAAAUUGAGUCUGGCUGGGAUGGCCGGUGCAGUCGCUGGGGGCACGGAAAGCCCUCCCCCAACCCCUCCCAUCACAAGGAAGACGUACCACAAUGUCCAGUAUACUGUCUAUAAACAGCCUAUCCCGUUGGACAGGUUUAUAGUUUUCGAUGCUGAAGCAACCCAUGCAGGAAACACUCUGAAAAAUUCGUUCAUAAUCAUUCACUACAGCCGCUUUAAGCAAACCAUUGGACUCUACACAUUGCAGGCACCCACGCAAAAUCUCAAGGAAACCUGGACUAGCAGGCUUAAGGCGGCACAGAGCAGCUGGUCCGAGGCGGUUGCCAUGGAGAUAGCACAAGAAACUGAGAAAAUCGUAGCUGCUCAUGUACAAGCACAACAACAUCAAUCGCAGCUUGAGAGUCCAACUGAUGACGCCCCUUUGACCACCAUCCCUGAGCAAACCUCAGAGGAAAAACCAGUGAACAGAAUCCCCACAUACCACAAGCCAAUGAUGUCACAGUGCUGAGAAGAUUAGGGAGGGGUGGGAAGCUGGUAAAAUAAAAAAGGUGGAAUUAUUAUUACACAUCCCUGACCACCCUCGCUGAGAAACCCACAAAUGAGAAACCAGCUUGAGGUGUUUGGGAAGAGAGAGGUUGAACGGGAGCACGGUGGCAGGCUGACAACAAUUUAUUUUAAAUUCUAAUGCAACAAUUUUAAUGAACCUUUUAGAGAACCGCUCUUAGUUCUCUUGCAUGCCUUCUCCACAAGGCAGGUAAGGCGUAUGUGAGCUGCUGCUAAGCAGACUAUGUAAUCACCUAAGAUUGACAAAAUUCGAAUUCAAAUUUACCAAUGUGAGUGUGACAAAUGCUAGCAUGGCCACCUUGUCACUUCUGUGAAAAACAAUGAUAUUAUUUUAUUGACAUAAAUUCGCUCACAUCUGAUUGACAAAAGCUAGCUAACCAGAGAGGCAAACAAAUAUUUUAGUGCAUAUCAAAGUAUGUGACUGAAUCUAGUUGUGAAGUUGUAGCUAGUUUAUUUAAAUUUUUUUGUUGGUAGCCAUGGCAGCGGGCUCACUCUAUAAAUCAACACUCUAAUCAGUUUCAGAUAAUGCUUGACAUGUUCUAAAUACAGUGGAGCACCUUUAAUAAAGACACCAUUGGGAUCCACAAGCCAUCCCCACAGAAAUUUACAGAAAAUGUACAGAGCUUACUUUAGUUAGGACUUUAUAGAAGGGGUUCCACUGUAUAGAUAUAUAUCACUCCUCCCAAAUAAUUCAUGUUUUGUACAUAAUGCACCAAUGGUAUUUUUAAAGGAGGAACACUAGAAAUUUGAUGGUUACAUGUCUUUGUUUCAUACAUUUUUUAGUCUACAUGUUUUAGAAUCUCUUUUGUAUUUAAAAAAAAAAGAUUUCUUUAUCCCCCUUUUCUUCACCAAAUUUCUCUGUGUUCUGUGCCUAUUUAGGGAGAGUAAGCAAAGCUUUCUUUGAGAGCAGUAUUGAUUGGGGUACAAUAUUUAUUACUGAUACAAGAAAAGGACUCAAAUAUCAAAUAUAUAUUUUAAUAUACAUCGAAUCAGGUAUUUUGAGAAAUAUCAACUCAUAGCUUUUAUAAAAUUUUAAAUGGGUAGCAGGGUCUUUGUCCAGUCAGAAUCUUAAUGUACUUUAUAAAUAAAUACAAACAAUAUUUCAAAUUGUUA